UCUCCUAUCGGAACGGACCGCAAGAAGUGUUCUCUUAGCCCAUUUCAUUCGUAUUGUGAGGUGGUCAAGCGUUUCCAAAAUGGAAAGCACUCCGGUGGAAAUCUUCAAAGGAGACAAGUGUCUUUCUGCGCUCGCCGAAGACUGUUUCAUUAAUUCUACUUGGCUGUCUGAAUCACAAACUCCCAAUCGCACCCAUAGCGACGAGUGGGACGAGGAGCCCAUGUCCCCAAUCAUCCCCAUCAUCACCGCUGUCUAUUCCGUGGUGUUUGUGGUGGGCUUAGUGGGAAACUGCCUCGUCAUGUAUGUUAUAAUCAGGUACACAAAAAUGAAGACCGCCACCAACAUUUACAUAUUUAACUUGGCCCUUGCUGACGCCCUGGUAACCACAACAAUGCCUUUCCAGAGCACAGACUACCUGUUAAACUCGUGGCCGUUUGGUGAGGUGGUGUGUAAGGUCUUCAUCUCCAUAGACUACUACAACAUGUUCACCAGCAUCUUCACAUUGACCAUGAUGAGUGUGGACCGCUACGUGGCUGUCUGCCACCCAGUCAAGGCACUGGACUUCCGGACGCCCAUAAAAGCCAAGAUGAUCAACGUGUGUAUCUGGAUCCUGUCAUCGGCUGCAGGGAUACCUGCUCUUCUACUUGGGGGUACACAAACAAACAAUGGCACUACAGAGUGUGCCUUACAAUUCCCUGAGCCCUACAUCUACUGGGACACUCUGAUGAAGAUCUGUGUGUUUGUGUUUGCCUUCGUGGUGCCUGUGCUCAUCAUCACCGUCUGUUAUUCUCUGAUGGUCCUGAGGCUGAAGAGCGUCAGGCUGUUGUCCGGCUCGCGUGAAAAGGACCGCACUCUACGACGCAUCACCCGCCUGGUCAUGGUGGUGGUGGCCGCGUUCGUGGUGUGCUGGACACCCAUCCACAUCUUCAUCCUGAUCAAGGCCCUGGUAAGCGUUCCCGAGACCACGGCCGUCAUGGCUGCCUACUUCUUCUGCGUGGCGCUGGGCUACACUAACAGCAGCCUCAACCCCAUCCUCUAUGCCUUCCUGGAUGAGAACUUUAAGCGAUGCUUCAGGGAUUUCUGUCUCCCAGCAAAGAAGGGGGAAAGGGGCCCGGGGAGCAGUAAGGCCAGGAGCACUGUGAGAGAAGCUCCCCUCCCAAUGGAGAACCCAGACGGGACUAAACCAGCAUGACUAGCCAUGGAACUGUCUUCAAUCUCUCGGAUUGGAAAAGAAGACUCAAAUGAUCUAGCCCUAACCCAAGUGACAUCUGCAAUGUGAAAACUAGAGUGCUAUAUACAUUGCCCUUGUUACUACAAUCAAAUUCAAGUCAUUAUGUCAUUUCAGAAUAGGCCUGUGGGCUAUGUCCACGACAUAUGAAGAUAUCAUGCAUCACUAAUCAUUAUUUUUAAACGGAUAAGUGGGAUAUUGA